AUGGCAUAUUCCAUUUCAUCACAAAAUAUCGUAACUAUUUCAGAUCUGCACCCGAGCCUUGUUCAUCCUAGUAUAAUUGGUGUAGUGAUUGGGAAAACAGAUGCCAAAGGCUUUCCGGACAGAAAAAAUAUUGGAUCAGAACGAUAUACUUUUUGUUUUACUGUUCGCGAUUCCCCAUCAUGGUUCAUAAAUGUGAAUUCCUGGGGAAGAGAGGACUAUAUUAAAUCACUUUCAGAAAGUUUUAGACUUGGUGAUUGUGUCAUAAUUGAAAAUCCUCUAGUACAGACAAAAGAGGUAGAAAAAGAGGAAAAGUUCAACCCUACUACAACAAGCAGUUACAAACUAUUGCUCAGUGAGAAUCACUCUGUGGUCAGAAUCUAUGAAGCAGACACCAGACUACUGUCUCUGUUACAUCUACCUGUAAAGAACCCUCAAGAUUUUUACUCAUUGGGGGAUAUUGUGGCCAAUGGACAAAGCCUGGAUGGAAAAAUAAUUAAUGUCCUUGCUGCUAUUAAAUCAGUUGGUGAACCAAAACAUUUUGCUACUUCAGACAGGCGUAAAGGCCACAGGUGUGAAGUAAGGCUGUACGAUGAUAGUGAGUCUUCCUUUACAAUGAUAUGCUGGGACAAUGAAUCUAUCCAGUUUGCACAGAGCUGGGUACCCAAAGAAACAGUAAUAUUUGCAUCUGAUAUAAGAAUAAAUUUUGACAAAUUUAGAAACUGUAUGAUUGCAACUGUAAUCUCAAAGACCAUCAUUACAAUUAAUCCUGAUACAGCAGAAGCCAAUAUUUUAUUCAACUUUAUAAGACAAAGUCCAGAAAUGUUAGACUUGGAUGAUGAAAUGAUAGAUCAGUGGAGAUCAGACUCCAUAAAUUUGCAGACAAUAAUUGACGUUUAUACAGUGGAACAGUUAAAGAUGAAAACUUUGCAAAAUGGAGGAAAACCAGAACCAUUUUAUGGCAUUAUUUUUGCCUAUAUUUCUACAUUGAAUAUUGAUAAUGAAGCAAGUAAAGUAAUACGAAACAGAUGUGUUAAAUGCCACUAUGUUAUCAAUGAAAAGACAAAUACAUGUUCUUUUUGUAGCAGCACUAACUCCUUAGAUGCUGGCACUGUGCCAAUGUUUGCCAGCUUUGAUUUACUAGUUGACCUAACUGACCAUACAGGAACUCUUCACUUUUGCAGUCUCUCCGAUACAAUAGCGGAAGAAACUUUAGGUCACACGGUCCAAGAAUUUCAAGCUUUGACAGAGACACAAAAGACAACAUUAAAAUGGCAACUCCUUCUAGAAAGAAGCAAAAUUUAUUUUAAGGUUAUUUUUUCUACCACAGCACGAACUGGGCUAAGAGUGAAACUGCUUUCUUGCAAGCUAGCAGAUUCAGUGGAGGCUUCUCAAAACUUACCCGAAAAAGGAAAAUAACUACAUUGUGCAUCUUUAGAACAAUUGGAAGGAAUUCUUAUUUUAUCAUAGCAUGGCGAAAUGACAUCUGUGGUAGGGAAUGCAGACUCCAUGCAAAGGCUUGUAAAAUAUACUUUUAUUAAGGUGGCAAGAUUUUAUCUGGCUUUGAAGAGUUUAACUUUCCAAUUUAGUUUUCCAUUGUAAUGUGGAAGGAAUAUAUGUUUUCAAUAUUCUUCACAAGCAUGUUUAAUUUCAGAUGACCUCAAAAAGGAAGGAUAUUCAGGAUUU